GUGAAGCCAGGAGGAGUUCAUAUGUUCAACACAACCCAGCUCUGUGCAGCAGACCGAUUUGCUAGUAAAGACCUACCUACCGGCUCAUCCCGCUAUCAUUCCGUCACUGACUUGCACUUUAACACGGCCCGUGGUCGUUCACUGGGACGAGGACAGCGCGUACGGAAACGGGUCCUGUUUGGGGGAGAACCGGCGUUGGCGGCUGACGGGGUCCCUUUCAUAUCUGAUCAGACGUUAGCAAGUGAUGAGCAGGGCCCUGUUUCUCCUGGAUGCCCAGCUAAGGUUACCGACAGGGCAGCGCGCUUAGCAGCACCGGCGGGCACCGAACCCAGCUCCGUGACAGCGGCUCUGAAGACCCGGGCACUGCCGUUUUCGGGGGGCGCCGAGACUUCAUGCUAGCUCCCCCCGCCAAGUUGCACAAAGUAGCUAGCUAGCUAACGUUCGGCGUGCGAGUUCAGCGGACACGAGCUCUGAGUUUCCACUUCGCAGCCGCGCCGUGCCAUGGGUUUGCUGUCACAGGGCUCUCCGCUCAACUGGGAAGAAACCAAGAAGUAUGCGGACCACAUCAGGAAGCACGGCAUCAUUCAGUUCCUCAACAUCUACAACAAGGUGAAGGAGCGACAGAAGGACGUGUUGAAAUGGGGCGAUGAGGUAGAGUACAUGUUGUUGGAACUGGAUGAAAAGGAUGAGAAGGUUCGACUUGUCCUGAAUGGUGCAGAUGUUCUGGAGACUCUGCAAGACCAAGGUGAAAAGAUAAACCCAAAUCACCCCACACUUUGGAGACCGGAAUACGGCAGCUACAUGAUCGAAGGGACCCCGGGGCAGCCGUACGGCGGCACCAUGUCCGAGUUCAACACGGUGGAAAGCAACAUGAGAAAGCGACGGCGAGAGGCCUCGUCUGUCCUGAACCCAAACGAAACCCUCUGCACCAUCACCUCGUUUCCAAGGUUAGGUUGCCCAGGUUUCACCAGACCAGAGUCCAAGCCAACUCCUGUUGAGAAGGGAGUGUCAAAGUCACUGUUUUUUCCAGAUGAAGCCAUCAACAUACACCCAAGGUUCAGUACCCUCACCAGAAACAUACGACACAGAAGAGGAGAGAAAGUCGUGAUAAACGUACCAAUUUUUAGAGACAAGUGCACACCAUCUCCAUUUGUGGAGGCGUUUCCCGAGGACGAUGGCGAGGCGGCGAGGGCGGCUCUGCCCGAUCACAUCUACAUGGACGCCAUGGGCUUCGGAAUGGGAAAUUGCUGCCUGCAGGUGACAUUCCAGGCGUGUAGCAUCAAUGAGGCCAGGUACCUUUAUGACCAACUAGCAACAUUCUGCCCCAUUGUGAUGGCACUGAGUGCAGCCUCACCCUUCUACAGAGGCUAUGUGUCAGAUAUCGAUUGUCGCUGGGGAGUUAUUUCUGCCUCGGUGGAUGACAGGACACAGGAGGAACGUGGGCUGAAGCCUUUGAAGAACAACAAAUACAGGAUCUUCAAGUCCCGAUAUGAUUCCAUUGACAGCUACCUGUCUAAAUGUGGGGAAAAGUACAAUGACAUCGAUUUGACUAUAGACGAGGAGAUCAACAAGCAGCUGCUUGGUGCAGGGAUCGACAAGCUGCUGGCCCAACACAUAGCGCACCUCUUUAUUCGAGACCCGCUCUCUGUGUUUGAGGAGAAAAUACACUUGGAUGAUGAAAACGAAUCCGAUCACUUCGAGAAUUUACAGUCGACGAACUGGCAGACGAUGAGGUUUAAGCCCCCGCCUCCAAACUCUGACAUCGGCUGGAGGGUUGAGUUCCGCCCCAUGGAGGUGCAGCUAACUGACUUUGAAAACGCUGCGUAUGUGGUUUUUGUGGUGCUGCUCACCAGAGUGAUCCUGUCCUACAAACUGGACUUCCUAAUCCCUUUGUCAAAGGUUGAUGAAAACAUGAAGGCUGCACAGAAGAGAAACGCUGUCCAGGAGGGCAUGUUUUACUUUCGAAAUGACAUCUUCAGAGGCUGCAACCCAGUUCUGGACGGCACCACCUCUGCUCAGAACGGCCUGGAGUCCGAUGUCGCUAAUGAGGAGUACACGCUGAUGAGCAUCGACACGAUCAUCAACGGAAAGGAAGGAGUCUUUCAGGGGCUAAUCCCAAUCCUCAACUCCUACCUGGAAAACAUGGAGGUGGAUGUGGACACCAGGUGCACCAUUUUAAAUUAUCUGAAGCUUAUAAAGAAACGUGCCUCAGGCGAGCUGAUGACCAUGGCCAAGUGGAUGAGAGAAUUCGUCGCCAAGCACCCAGAGUACAAGCAAGACAGCAUCAUAACCGACAAGAUCAACUACGACCUGUUUCUAAAGUGCGACAUGAUCGCAAAAGGCGAAGAACAGUGCCCAGAGCUGAUUGGAAACCCGGUCAACAAGGUUAAAUGAAUGAAGACAGUCCAAUUAUAACAGAAUGCAACUUGUGUGUGUGUGUUGUAAGAAACACACCUACAUUAAAUGUAUGUAUAUGUACUGUAUCAGAUUUUUAUGAUUACAAAAUUAUUUUGAUAGAAUUAAGACGUGCAAAAAGGUUGUGUGAUAGAAAUCAGAUGUGUAUUUAUUUUUCUCUGGAUAUUCAGUCUGUCUGAGUGAGGAUGUACGUGUAGCACAGAGUUGUACAGUAGUCUGCUUUUAAUCCUGUGUUGUGUAAAUACAGUGCUGCUCUACAUUAACAUGUAUGGAGUAUGAUUUGUUUCUGAAUGUGAGCUUUACAUCUGAUUUUAGAGACUUGCUUUGAACUGCUGACAUAGUGGGACCUUGAUCUUAGUGUUGCAUUUACCGGUAAUUGAACCAUUGUUUGCAAUGUGAUGCUGCUUGAAAUUAAAUCUGUACAAGGA